ACUGUGAGAUUUGAUAUUUCUUCAAAGAAAGGAAUUUGAAUACAGUGCGCUCCAACUUUCAAAUACAAUUGGGAUCCUUGUGAUCAAACGGCUAUAAACUGAAUUUAAAAAAAAAAAAACUCUGCAUGUGAAUCUCUUUAAUCUUAUGAUUCAAAUUUACAUUACAAAUUCUCACUCUUUCGCUUUCUCCAAAAAGCACUUCUUCUUCUUCUUCUUCUCCAUCUUCUGCUUUUGCUCUCUCUAUAAAUACUUCCUCCAUUCUCUCCUCUUUUUGAAGCCUUGCAAAAUUUUAUCAACAACAGCCUUCUUUUUCAUCAUUAUUCCUUCAUGUCUACGUGAAAGAAUAGAAUAAAAAUCCUUGUCUGUCCAUCACUUUUUCCACUUUUUUUUCGGUUUUGUUUUUCUUUUUGCCCCCUUCUUUCUCCGGUUGAUUUUCUGCACAAUUGUCGGAUCUGAUUGACACCCAUCUCCCCAAAAUGCAGUUUCUGAAAUGGGUUUUGCUUUUUCUCUGGUUGUGUGAUGUGUUGUUGGCCGUGUCGGUUGCGGAGACGGGGACGGGGGUGGCGGCCCCGGUUUGUGCAGGGGAAGAUAGAGCUGCAUUGAUGAGCUUCAAGGCCAGAAUUGUGCAGGACACGACGGAUAUUCUGGCAUCGUGGACGGGGAGGGACUGCUGCAGCGGCGAUUGGGAAGGGGUCGAGUGCGGCGUGAUGGGGAGAGUGACGAGCUUGCAGCUGCAGAGGCCAGGGAAGAACAGUGAGCUGUUCAUGAAGGGAACUCUUUCUUCUGCUCUUGGUAACCUGCAUUUUCUUGAGGUAAUUGUGAUAAGUGGAAUGAAGCAUAUCAGUGGCUCAAUUCCUGAGAGUUUCACAGCUCUGUCUCGUCUGACCCAACUUGUCCUAGAAGACAAUGCCCUUGGAGGGACCAUCCCUUCAGGUUUAGGUCACCUGCCCUCUCUCCAGAUCCUCUCUUUGAGUGGCAACCAUUUGAGUGGCCAGGUUCCACCCACCAUAGGGAACCUUAUGAACCUUCUCCAGCUAAAUUUAGGAAGAAAUUCACUUUCUGGUCCAAUCCCACAAACUUUCAGAACCUUCCCCACUUUACAGUACUUUGAUCUCAGCUUCAACAAGCUCUCUGGUGCCCUCCCAGAGCAUGUGGGUCAGUUCAAAAACCUCACUUUCAUUGACCUCUCCAACAACCAAUUUUCAGGGCCAAUUCCCAUCUCCAUUUUCAGCUUGCCCAAGCUUUUGGACCUAUCAUUAAGCAACAACAGACUCACAGGAAACAUCCCAGUCCAAAUUGAUGGCCUCAAAUCCAUCACUACUCUCUCUCUCAGUGGUAAUCAACUAAGAGGUCACAUACCAGCCUCCAUUUCUAAACUUCAGAAUCUAUGGAACCUAAAUCUAUCAAGAAAUGGGCUAUCAGAUCCAUUGCCAAGCAUUCUUGCAAGCAACAUCCCUUCCCUUUUGGCAAUAGAUCUUUCUUACAACAACUUCAGUUUUGGGAAAGUUCCUGAUUGGAUCAGAAUCAAGCAGCUCUCAGAGGUUCAUCUUGCGGGGUGUGGUCUCAGGGGAUCCCUCCCCACAUUCAGAAGACCUGAUUCUUUAACCUCCAUAGACCUCUCAGACAAUCACUUCUCAGGUGGGAUUUCAAGUUUCUUGACUAACAUGUCAAGCCUCCAAAAACUCAAGCUCUCAAAAAACCAGCUGAGAUUUGAACUCUCAGAACUCAGAUUGCCAAAUGUCCUCUCUUCUCUUGAGCUUCACUCCAAUCAGAUUUCUGGGUCUCUCUCCAACAUCUUGAACAGCAAAACUAGUGGAUUCUUAGAGGUAAUUGAUGUGUCCACCAACCAAAUUACAGGUGCCAUUCCAGAGUUCAGCACUGGCUUGGGUUUGAAGGUCCUCAACAUAUGGGGAAACAAGAUUUCAGGCCACAUUCCGGGCUCAAUUUCAAACCUGGGAGAGCUAAUAAAGUUAGAUAUUUCGAGAAAUCAAAUACAAGGAACAAUCCCCACGAGUGUUGGAGCUCUGGAGAAGCUCCAAUGGCUGGAUCUGUCCAUAAAUUCUCUCACAGGCAAAAUACCAAACACCUUGUUGGCAAUCCAGCGGCUGCGGCACGCCAGCUUCAGAGCGAACAGAUUGUGCGGAGAAAUCCCACAAGGGCGGCCGUUUAAUGUGUUUCCGGCCGCCGCUUACGCCCAUAACCUCUGCCUUUGCGGGACACCAUUGGCACCCUGCAGAAAAACAGAAGAAGAAUGGAAGAAGAAGACGAACCAGUGAAAUCGAAGAACACAAAAGGGUACCCAGAAACGAAAAAUGAGAAAUGGCUGCUAUAUUAUUAGAAUUGUCGCUCAUUUAUCUCCGAUGAGCCCCAUGGCGUGGAGGAGCUAGGGAUCGAGAAUCUUGCUCCUUUAAAAUAGCUAAUAAAUUCCCAUAUUUGUUUUUCUUCUUCUUCUUGUUGAUUUGAUUAUAUAGUUAACUUAUCUUGUUUACUAAGAUUGAUAUCUUAAACUUCUCUUUCCAGGAGAACAUAAAAGAAAAAUGGUUGUUUUUUUUUUUUAAUAUACGAUUG